AUGCAAAUAUUGCCCAAAAAUUUUGACCAUGGAAUUGCUACUCGAAUGCAAGCACAUCUUAAUAAUACUUGUUUAGGAGCAUCAGAAAAUGCCAAAUCAAAUUCUAAACAAAAAAAUAUUCAACCUAAUAUAUCAAUACCUUAUAUUUCUACUAAACAAGAAUCUCUUGAGUAUAUAUUAGCACAAGCUUUGUUUGCAACAGGAGUACCAUUUUCAUUUCUUGAUAAUCCUUAUGUGAUUAAAUUUUUUCAACAUAUUCGUCCUGCAUUCAAAUUACCAAAUCAAAAAAAGCUUGCAGAUGAGUUAAUAGAUAAAGUUUAUGAGAAUGUAAAAAAGGAAUCUGAUAAACAAAUUUUAGAAGCACAAAAAGAAAGCAAAAUUUGCAAUAUAGAGCCUAUAGGAUACAAUACAUUUAAUACAUUUACAAAUCAAAAAUUUGAACAAGAAAAAUCUGUAGAAUUGUUUAUUAAAAUUGUUAAAUUUCGAAACAAAAGUUCUCCAUAUGAUGAUUAUAUUAUUUGGGAAUUAGCAGCUAUACUUAACCUGGGUAUCUUUUUAUCUAAAUAA